AUGGCAAAGUCCAUCAAGGAUCAGUUUGGUGUUGUCACGGAUGAGACAGACAUGUCCCUUUACCACAUAAAGGGAAAGUUCAGUGGUGGCACCCUUAGAACUAUUAUCGACUUCUUUGACAACCUUGAUUCCAGCAGUGGUGACCCGUACAGAAUCUCAGUCUCGAAGCCGGCUCAGCCAAAAUCAGUCCCCAUCCUUCGCCGCAUCUUUGGUGUGCAUUAUGUUCCAGACAUUGGAGUUGGUACCACCUGUGUCUGUGAGGCAUGCGAUACUGCAAUUGUCCACCGUACCAGUUCCUUAAUGCCUCAACUAUUUAACCAAAAAUUUAGGUUCUGGGAGAGUAUGAAAACCCGCAAUACCCUUACUGGCGUUGCAUUUCACUUUGCUCUCAUUGUUACAGCAUUUGUCCUGUUACUGUCACCAGUCAGGUGGGUGCUAUCACGUUAUUUCUACCCUCCUGGCGAAGGCCUACAAGAGGAUGCCAAAUCGGGUUUCUCAGUCGAAUACAGGGGGAUUGCUACUGCUAAGCAGGAUCAGCCCGGAAAGAAAAAUAUCAGAGUGCUCGGUUCGUUCCGUUACGAUGGAUGCCCGUAUAAGCUUACGGGAAUUUUCCUCGCGGAGGCUGCCCGGAUUCUAUCUAGAAGCAAGAAGGUUGGGCAAACUAUUAAGGGGGGCUACCUUACGCCUGCGUCCCUGGAGGAUGAGUACGUCGAAAAUCUUGAGAAGAUUGGGGCACAAUUUAAGUAUACCGUCCUAGAACAUUAG